AUGACAGCAUCUGCGGUUGUUCCUCGGGAAGCUAGAGUCGUACCUCCCAAUGGCCUGGAUAUAUUGAAGCGUGCCUCGCCCCAGGCUCCCAACGGCUACGCGCCAGCCGAAGUCAACUGCCCGUCCACGCGCCCGAGCAUUCGAUCCGCCGACAAACUCUCCCAGCAAGAGACAGAAUGGCUCCAGAAGAGGAGGCCGAACACAGUCGAUCCUAUGCGCGAGUUCCUCGAACGCGUCAACAUUGAGGGCUUCGACGUUGGACAAUACAUCAGCAACCACCGUGACAACACUACCGCCCUACCGAAUAUCGCGAUCUCGUUCUCUGGUGGAGGAUACCGGGCUCUGCUGAAUGGUGCAGGUGCUCUAGCAGCGUUUGACAGCCGGACAACGAACUCGACGAGUGCAGGACACCUGGGAGGAAUCUUGCAGGCAUCCACAUAUGUUUCCGCACUAUCAGGAGGAGGCUGGAUGAUCGGCAGCAUCUACGCCAACAACUUUACCUCAGUUGAAGCAAUCAUCAACAAGGGUGAGGACUCGGCGAUUUGGCAAUUCCAGAACUCGCUGUUCAAGGGACCUCCCACGAAGGGAAUCCAGCUGCUCUCGACUGCGCAGUACUACGACAACUUGGUCAGCACGGUCAAGGACAAGAGUGAUUCGCCGGCUGGUGACUUCAACACGUCGAUUACCGAUGUUUACGGCCGCGGUCUUUCUUUCCAACUCAUCAACGCCAGCGAUGGAGCCCCAGCCUAUACCUUCUCUUCCAUUCAGGACGACCAAGACUUCUCAUCCGGAAACGCACCGAUGCCUAUCCUCGUCGCAGAUGAGCGUUCGCCCGGAGACUUGAUCAUCUCUUUGAACGCCACCAACUUCGAGUUCAACCCGUUCGAAAUGGGCUCAUUCGACCCUACAACCUACGGCUUUGCUCCUCUGAAGUACAUCGGUUCCAACUUCAGCGAGGGGGAACUUGCUCAAGACCAGGGCUGUGUUGAGGGAUUCGACAACCUGGGUUUCGUCAUGGGAACCAGCAGCUCCUUGUUCAACCAGAUCUUCCUCACACUAAACACCAUCCAGGACGUACCCCAGAUCCUCGUGAACUUUGUGUCAAACAUCUUGAAGGGUAUCGGUGAAGAUGGUGACGAUAUCGCCGACUACUCGCCCAACCCUUUCUUCCGCUACCACAACGAGACGAACCCCAGUGCUGACAGGGAGCGUCUUACUCUCGUGGACGGUGGUGAGGAUGGUCAAAACAUUCCCUUCAACCCGGUCAUUCAGCCCGUACGCCAGGUCGAUGUCGUCUUUGCUAUCGACUCCUCUGGUGACACCGUCGAGGAGGACGACCCAUCGCAGAACUGGCCCAACGGCACUUCUCUGGUUGCAACCUACGAGCGUGCAAGCGGCACUCUCAUGAACAGGACUUCGUUCCCUUACAUCCCCGGCCAGGACACUUUCGUUGCCCUAGGUUUCAACAGUCGCCCCGCUUUCUUCGGUUGCAACAGCAGCAACGUCACUGAGGGCGACAACAUCCCUCCUCUCGUCGUCUACCUCCCCAACGCCCCCUACGUCUUCUGGUCCAACACUUCCACCUUCAACAAGCUCGACUACAGCAUCUCAGAGCGCAACGGCAUGAUCGAGAACGGCUACGACGUCGUCACCCAAGCAAACUCGACGCGCGAGGGUGCCUCAAACUGGCCUACUUGCGUCGGAUGCGCUAUCCUCUCUAGGAGUCUGGAGCGCAACGGCGAAGCUAUCCCACAAGUGUGCCAGCAGUGCUUCACUGACUACUGCUGGAACGGCACCACAGUCGAGACAUCGCAGCCAUACACUCCCGAGCUGAUCGUUGGUCAGCUCGCCACUACAAACAACGGCGACGACGACAGUGGUGUAGGGAAGUUCGUGCCCAACGUCCUCGGUCUUGCUCUGGCAGCAGCCGUGUCAGGAUACCUGAUGAUGUGA